CAGUCGCUCAGUGAACGCCCCAACGCGCGAAACGUCGUCGUUGUCGUUGUCGUCGUACCGCCGACACGUCGCUAUCCAAAGUUCUAGCCAAUUGUUCUCCAAGUGUUGGCAAAAUAGUGCAAGCAAAAAAGGAAGUGAGUGCAACACUCGAACGUGCUCUUACAAAAACCAACAACAUUUACCAAAGUUUGCCUGCCCGUUAUGACGACCAGCAAACAGCAAGAGGCCGAGGCGGCCGAGCACGAUCCCCAGGUUGUGGUCGCACCUGCAGGUGGCCCCCACAGCCCUCGAAAGGAUCGUGGCCUUUGGCGGGACCUGACAUCCUACUGGAUGCUUGGCUUAUGCAACAACUACGGCUAUGUGGUGAUGUUGAGUGCGGCCCACGACAUUAUCAAGCAGUUCAAUCCGGCCGAUGACGAUGAAUCGAGCGCCACGGGCAGGAACUGCCACUUGGUGUCCACCGGUGCCAUUCUGCUGGCUGAUGUGCUGCCAUCGCUGUUUGUCAAGAUCCUGAUGCCCUUCUUUCCCUUCUGGGUGAACAUACGCAUAGCCAUUGCGGUGGCCUGCUCGGCAGCGGGCUUCCUGCUCGUUGGAUUCGCCCACGCCGAGUGGAUGGCCCUGCUGGGAGUCAUCAUCACGUCGGCCAGCAGCGGUAUUGGAGAGACUACCUUCCUGGCAUACUCUUCGCGAUAUAACAAGAAUGUCAUAUCCACCUGGUCGUCGGGCACUGGAGGCGCCGGCGUCAUUGGUUCGCUGAGCUAUGCCACACUGAGAGAUCUCGAUGUUAGCCCCCGCAACACCAUGCUGAUCAUGCUGGUCUUUCCGGCCAUUGAGGCCUUCGCCUUCUGGCUGCUCCUGCGUCGUCCACAGGUGGACAUUCUGCCUGUGACCACCGUGGAGUCCACCGAGGUGCUGAUCAGCGACGACAAGCCACUGGUUGGAUUCAAGGAGAAGCUCUCUUACAUCAGACAUCUGUUUAAGUAUAUGAUCCCCUUGUGCCUCGUCUACUUUUUUGAGUACUUCAUCAACCAGGGAUUGUUUGAAUUGGUUUAUUUCGAGAACAUCUUCCUGGACAAGGACUCUCAGUACCGCUGGCUGAAUGUGGACUAUCAGAUCGGUGUCUUCAUCUCGCGCUCCUCGGUCAACAUCUUCCAGCUGAACAAGAUCUGGCUAAUGUCCGUUUUCCAGUUCGUCAAUGUCAUCUACUUCCUCACCGAGGUCAUCUGGUGGUACACGCCCAGCAUAUGGAUUGUCUUCGUUAUCGUCCUGUGGGAGGGACUGCUGGGUGGUGGCGCCUACGUGAACACCUUCUAUCGCAUGUCCAAGGAAAUAUCACCGGAGCGGCAGCAGUUCGCCAUGGCCAUGGUGGUGCAGUCCGACUCCUAUGGCAUUGCUCUGGCCGGCUUCCUGGCCAUUCCCGUACACAAUGCCAUCUGCGGUCUGCCGGCUGCGGUGCGAAACGUUGUCUGGUGAUCAAUCAGCUACGAAGGAAGCGCAUCUGGGAUCAGAUUAUGCCUUUAAUGUGUCUGUCUGUCUAGCUAAUGAGUGUGUGACUCCUUAUAGUAUUAUUAACUCUGUGUGACUGCAACCAAGCUGGCACUUUGGCCUGCUAGUGCUAGGUAGAUGUUAUGUAGUUAUGUAGCCUCUGUUCAAUUACUCUCUAAGCUUUAAUUUAAUAAAUUGUUUGACUUUUAGUAGCAA